GGGUGCAGUGACGCUGUGACCAAAACACACACUCACUCAGAGAGAGGAGGAGGAGGGGAAACAAGGGUAGAGAGGGAAACAGGAACAGAAAGUGAAGACUUGUCAAGAUGUCUGGGUGAAGGGGACCAGAUCAGAGAAGAAGCCAGAUGCCAAAACAGAAAGAGCAGAUGUUUGAGCAGACGACUGGAUUAGACAGGAGGGGCGAGCUGACCUGCCACUCCACAUGUGCCUCCGGGGUAAGACACACCCAAAUUGAACUACGUCUCUACUAAAUCAUACUGAAAGCCAAAGGACAAGAGGACAAGUGAAGAGUGAAAUAGACAACCAGAAAGAAAACAGAUGGAGCAAUGCCAAGCAGCAUAAACAAAAUUGGCUGAAGUGCAGAUUUGGGCUUUUUCAUCUUGCAUCAAGAUCAUCAUAACCGGGCGAUUUCUAAGAAAACCUUGUUAUAAACAAAUGAACUUUUGGUCUUUUGGAUUUGAUCAAAGAACGCUUUGGCUUUGUCUCCACCUCACAGUGCAUUUCAAGGAAGGAGGCAUGCAUGAAGUCCCCCUCCAUGCUUCCAGUGUUUCCAUUUAACAUAAACAACACAAGCCUGAGCGCGCAUGCCUCAUCAGAUAGUGCCGUAAACUCUGUUCUCUAGAAGUAGAAAACAGAAGCACAUGUCAAGACACUAGAAAUAUCUGACCUUUGACAGCUGUUGGCUCUUUGGAUGUUUGAGGUUUUUCGUAAAGAGUAACUCUUCAUAACUUACAACUUCAAAGCUGGAACCAGAUUCCGCGAAAGGACUUACAUUAACACCAUAUCUUAAUUAGCUGGGUGUCUGCCGCUGCCUAACAGGCACAUUCACUGACUUGCAAACUUCACAACCCUCUAAAGGAUUUAUUACAACUUUACAACUGCCAGACAGACUCAAUUGAAAGGAUUCACAGCUCCGUAUCCAAAGCCAUGGAUGGAAGAGCAGAAAGCAUCCAGGAUCUUUUUAACCAACUUUGGAGCUUUGCUACAGCAAAACACAACCAGGGGGUGUACAACACAGUCUGCCUGGUUGUCCUCCUAAUUCUUCCCCUGCUGGUCCUCCUUACCACUUUGGUGGUGUGCUGCCACUGCUGCUGCUGUCGCCAUGCCAACAGCUGCUGUGGCAAAGACGCCAUGGCAACCGUAAGGUCAGAAACAAAGAAAAAAAAGAAUUCCACUGAAGACCUUUGGAUCUCUGUCAAGACGGGGCCGUUGACACCUGACAGGGUCACCCUGGCCAUGGAGUAGGAAAUUCUUUUUUUUUUUUUUUAAUUUUUUUAUAUUUCUGAUCCUGGGUCAGUUGGUGCAGGGGAGCUGAUGGAGCAUCUCAAGAGUGUCCAACUCAAACCAGCUUGGACUCAAAAGACAACCAGGGGUUGAUGCGUAGACUGUAGAAGUGAAGCCAAGACAUCUUGAUCGUCCCCUGGUGUCUGGCUGCAGUAUGGACGGGACUUUGACACCGCGGCUCCACCGCCAGAUCACUGGCGCAGAGUCUGGCUCCAAAAAUAACAAUAAGGCACUUUCGUACAGCGGGAGGAAGUGGAGUCGCGUGGACCAUUUUUAUAUACAGUCUAUGGUUCAAACCAAUGGGAUGACACAUUGUAAUGGCCACAGAUAUGGUUGAAACAUGUAAACAGUAUACAGUCAGUGUACUUUUGUCAUUUUUGUAUCUAUAUAAUGUUAUGUGUGGAGAAUGUUUACAACAUUUUGUAUGAACUUUUUAGUGUGUGGUACAUAAAGGAAGAAUAUGCAUAUGAACAUAACUGAAAUGUGUGUGUUGAUAUGAGUGGGUUCGAGAAAGAGAGAGUGUGUGUAUGUGUGUGUGUGUGUGUGAGUGUGUGUGUGUGUGUGUGUGUGUGUGUGUGUGUGUGUGUGUGUGUGUGUGUGUGUGUGUGUGUGUGUGUGUGUGUUAGAGCUCCCUUAUGCAAUUCAUUGCGUCUGUAUUUGGGAGAAAGAGCCAAUUUAAGGUCUGCCCAGUGAAGUGCUGGCUGUAAAACGGCACACUUUUUAUAUUCAGGCGGCAAUCUAUAGACUCAUGAUUCACUCUCACUUUCUCAAAAAAGCCACUGUCCUCCAAAACAUUUAAAAGAAAACUAUAAGUUUGAUUUCUUUCCUCUUUUCUUACUUUAUUUGCUUGAUUUAAUACAGUCCAGGCCACAGGACUAGUUUUGAUUUUUGAGUGUUACAGUAGGCCUACUCAGGUCAAGUGAGCCUUGAAAGCACAUGUAAUAAUCCAAAUGGAAGGAAAACCCAAAAAAGUAAAAAACAAAUAAACUUGGAAUAUGUUUUCUUUCCCACAUUGAUUGACAUAACUUUUAAUGCACUGAUUACCACUAGACAGCAACCAUAUCGAAGGCAGUCAUGUUUUCUGGGCCUGUCUUUAUAAAAGUUUUAGAUUUAAGUAAAAUAAUUGACACUUUUACUUUACUUUUAAUAAACUUAACGGACAAUUCCAGCGCAAAAUGAACUUUGGGGUUAAUAACACAUGGUUACCGAGUCGACCGUUCUCUGGGAUAUGUUUUCAUGCUAAUUGAACGUGACCAGUUUUAGCGCAAACUGCUAAUUAGCUUGUAAUGCUAGUUGUCGGGGCACGGGU